AGCUCUAGCCGUUGUCAUCAUCUUGUCUGACAUUUCAGCCUCUACAUGACGAUUUCUCUUCGUACCUGCUCACUCUUUCUCAAACCUGCUUCUUCGCCUUCUUGUCGUGGGAUGGGUGUUUCUCGGAUUUAGGUUGUUUCUCAAAUUUAUCCGUUGGUGCGUGAAAGUGCCGGGUUUUGAUCUGCCUUCGAACAAUCAUCAUCUCGCAGAACUCUUCCUCCGACGGUGAAUCUCUGGGAUGCGAUGCCUGAUUGCUCGACUGAGUGGUAGCAUUUCUUUGAUUCUCGUCCGAGAUUUCUGACUCGUAGAAGUUAUUUGCGGCUGAGCACUGAAAUCUCUGGCAGUGGUGAAAGCCAAACAGCGAUGGGUACUACUGGGAAGCUCAAAUCUUCUAGUUCUGAAUUGGACCUUGAUCGACCCAACAUCGAAGAUUACCUCCCUUCUGGGACGACCAUUCAACAAGAACCUCAUGGCAAGCUUUGCCUGCGUGACUUGCUCAACAUUUCUCCCACUUUAUCCGAGGCAGCUGGUGCCAUUGUAGAUGAUUCAUUCACAAGAUGCUUCAAGUCAAAUCCUCCUGAACCUUGGAAUUGGAAUGUUUAUCUGUUCCCUUUGUGGUGUUUUGGAGUCUUCGUUCGAUAUUUGAUACUGUUCCCUGCAAGGGUCAUAGUGUUGACAAUAGGAUGGAUAAUAUUUCUUUCAUCCUUCAUUCCUGUGCAUUUCCUAUUGAAGAGACAUGACAAGUUGAGGAGAAAGAUUGAGAGAUCUUUGGUAGAGAUGAUGUGCAGUUUUUUUGUUGCAUCAUGGACUGGGGUUGUCAAAUAUCAUGGGCCACGUCCUAGCAUAAGACCAAAGCAGGUUUUUGUGGCCAACCAUACUUCCAUGAUUGAUUUCAUUAUUUUAGAACAGAUGACUGCAUUUGCUGUAAUUAUGCAGAAGCAUCCUGGAUGGGUUGGAUUAUUGCAGAGCACCAUUUUGGAGAGUGUAGGAUGUAUCUGGUUCAAUCGUUCUGAGGCAAAGGAUCGAGAAAUUGUUGCCAAGAAAUUGAGGGAUCAUGUCCAGGGAAUUGACAAUAACCCUCUUCUCAUAUUUCCCGAGGGAACUUGUGUAAAUAAUCACUACACAGUCAUGUUCAAGAAGGGUGCAUUUGAGCUUGACUGCACAGUUUGCCCAGUCGCAAUAAAAUACAAUAAAAUAUUUGUGGAUGCUUUUUGGAAUAGUCGAAAGCAAUCAUUCACUAUGCAUCUGCUGCAGCUAAUGACAUCUUGGGCUGUUGUUUGUGAUGUUUGGUACUUGGAGCCACAGAAUCUGAAGCCAGGAGAAACAGCCAUUGAGUUUGCUGAGAGGGUGAGAGACAUAAUCUCAGUUCGAGCUGGUCUUAAAAAGGUUCCUUGGGAUGGAUAUCUGAAGUAUUCUCGUCCUAGCCCAAAGCUGAAAGAAGGAAAGCAACAAAACUUUGCUGAGUCAAUGCUACGGCGCCUGGAGGAAAAAUGAUGCGCAACAUUUUGUAUAUCGCAUUUACUUUGUACUCUUUCAACCUGUUUUUCUUUUCCCUUGACGUAAACUUUAUAUUCACCUUUAAUCAUAUAUACAGAUUGAUAUGAAUAAGUUGCCUUUAAUCUUAUGAUGCUUGCUCUGUCUUGGAA